AUGGCCACAGCAAGCGAGGAUACACUGACCAAAGUGUCGACUGAGGCUGCGACCGAGUUCAUCAAGACCUUCUAUCCAGCUUUGGGAUCAAACCGCGAAUCUCUCAGCUCUUACUACUCCCUCGAGCCCACAACUAUCCUGUUCAAUGGAAAUCGUGUUGCAGACGGCGCGGCCGUUCAAGAAAUCUUUAUCAAUCAAAUGUCGCCAACAUACUACGAAGUCCAAUCAUACGACUGCCAGAUCAUCAACAAAGCAUACCCUACCAUUUUGCCGGGUGGCGGACUGAAGCCACAGUCAGAGAUGGGAGUCAAAGACAUGUCAUUUCUCAUUGUAGUCAGUGGAUUUGUGCGCUAUGGUGAGGGUCGCGAUCAGCCGCAGCGUGGAUUCAGCGAGACGUUUGUUCUGGUCCCCAAUCCAUCUGCAGAGAGGGCGCGGGGCCGCAAGGAUUGGCUUAUCGAAAGCCAGAACUUCCGCCUUGUCGUUUGA